CUGUGUAACAAUGUUAUGCUAAUCAGUGUAUUUCUUCUUAAUCAAUCAGAUUUCAUCAAGUGCACAAUCUAAUCCUAAUCUUGUCACAUCUGGUUUGAACCCCAUUCUUUGAGGCAAUAUAAAAAGCUCUCCGCUGCAAGAAGAGGACACAACAAGCUGGUAGAACCUCUGGAGUAAAGAGAUCAGCUGUCCUCAUCAUCCUGCAACAAUGAAGUUCACUCUAGCUAUCGCCCUCCUGAUGCUGGUUAUUUCUCACGGCACUGAGUCUGCAUCUAUGGUGAAGCGUGAUGUGCCCGCGGAGAUUGAGAAGAUCACCAAGUACCUCCAGGAGCUGAGCAGCAUGCUCACCACCACCACCGCUGAACUGGUGGAGAAGAUUAAGGCCGCUGACCUGACCAGCCAGGCUGAGGCUUACCUUCAGGAGGGCAAGGCUCAGGUGCAGCCACUGCUGGAGAAGGUCCAAGCACAGCUGAAGCCCCUGACAGCCAACAUUGAUGAGAAGCUCAAGCCCCUGUCCGGACCCAUCCUGUCCCAGAUCCAGCCUCUCGCUGCCUCCGUCGAGGCCCAGGUGGAGGAUCUCCUCAGGAAGGUGAUGGACCACACCAAGGCCCUGCUCCCUCCUCAGUAAAUCAACAGGCCCCUGUUGACUCCAAAUGUGCAUUAUCUUGAAGACAAAAACUUUUGUUGCUGCAUCAUGUCAUGUAUCACUGCUAUGCUGCUCUGCUGAGCCCCUCUCAGCCUUGGAAUGAGUUUACUGAUUAUUUAUCUGAAUCCUUAAAACGCUUCAGAGGUGACCAUCUAAUGCGUGUGAUGUGUUUGUGGAAGAAUGGCUUCUCUAGAAUGGUGUGUACUGUAUGUUCUGUGAUGAAAAUGUUGAAAAACAAAAACUCAAAAGUGGUUUGUGGUUACAAAUAUCCACUGUGAUGGUUUAAUCACUAAAACCAUGAUCAAUGGAUCAUGUGCAUUAAUGCAUCUGAUGGAUCAGUAGAGUUUAGAUGUGGAUUUAGGCCAACAAUAUCAGGUAGCGAACUUAAGUAAACAUACAGAAAAGUGUUGACCUGAUAUUUCUGAUAUACAAGCAGCCAGCCAGUGCAAAUAGUGUGUUAUUCUAUAUAAAAUCAGUACCUCUACCCCUAAGAUUAUA